AUGGCUACGAAAUAUAAUUCAAUGAUUGUAAUGGUCUUUAUGGUGGUGAUGAUGAUAAUGGCAAUGGAAAAAGUCAACGGAUUAACAUCGGCUGAAUGCCGUGACCGUUGCAGUGAAAGUUGUGCCAUGACCGCCGCACUUCCGGCCAAAUGCCUUCAGAGUUGUUACAGUAGAUGCCACAGCGUACCAUCUCAAACAAUAGGUAAUUAG